CUCUGCAGCAGCACUCUACGAAAGCGGGGGCACAAAGCCUUGACACACAUCAUCGACACAUGGUCCACUCCAUCGUAUGAACCACAUUGUAGCGACCCAAUUCUCAAAGCAUUGAGUACUUCGAAGGAACCAAUAAGCCAAGCUAGGUCCUUUUGGAACACUCCAACUUGAUACUCUUCAACAAGCACAGGUCUGAUUCAGUGUGUGUUUUUGUUUCGUCCUUUUCGCUAUCAUGGAUCGAACUGGCACUAACAAUGAAGAAAAAGAAGAAAAAGAACAAAAAGAAGAACCACCCCAACAACCCCAGCACCCCAAGAAGUCACCGGCCGAUGGUUUGAUCUGUCCCAUCAGCUUGGAGUUACCAUGGGAACCUGUGAUGGCGGAAGAUGGCCGUGUCUAUGAGAGUGUGUGGAUUGAAUCUCACAUCACCAACAAUCAGUGGGAUCUCCGGUCCCCCGUCACGAACCAACCCAUGGGCAACCGGCUCUUUCCGGCCAUCCAGCAUCGCAACGCCAUUGAGAAUCUGGUGAAAUCGGGUGCCAUUUUCGGAGCAUUGGCUGCCAAUUGGAAUGAAAAGGUUCAAAAAAAGAAGGAAAUGGACGAUUUAUUGAAGAAGGCAGAGGGCGGUGAUGGCCAUGCCAUGUAUAUAGCAGGAUUGCAUUACGAUCAAGGAGCGAACGGUUUUAAGCCAAAUCUCCAAUGGGCAUUCCACUGGUUCAAGAGAUCCCAUGAUUCAAGAUAUACCAAAGGGACAGCAUUGUUGGGUUGGUACUUUCUGAAUGGGUUUGGUGUGACCCCUCACCCAUCCCUCGGCUUUAUCCACUUGACCAAUGCUGCAAAUCAGGGGUCCAACAAUGCAGCGUAUCAAUUGGGAAUGUCUUUUGCCACUGGAAGUUUUGGCUUGACUGUAGAUUAUGCAGAGGCUGUCUACUGGUUUGAGAGAUCUAUUUGGGAGUGUCCUCAUGACCACUUGUCAGAUGCCUGCAAGAACCACGCCCAGCAAAUGCUGAAUUCCAUCAAGAACCCAGGGCCUCCAGCAGCAGGAGCAAACGGGACGUUCCCAGUUCAGAAUAUGAUUGCGUUUGCACCUGGGCCACAAAACUAUUACGGCAAUUCCUAUUUGGGGGCGAGGUAAAUAAUGUUUUGGUAGAAUUUCCAGCUUCUAUUUCUAGUAGCUAGCAACCUGUGUUGGGUAAUUGCCGAACUCUAAAUCGUUCUUGCUUAGUUCGUGGUGCUUGUCGCUCCAAUGGAUAUGGCGCCAUGGCGUGGGCUGCGAUGUUACACCAUAUAUACCGGUACUUAUUGCAUA